UGAACGUUGUUCUCAUAAGGAAGUACACGGGGCACUUUUUUAUUGGAAGUGCAGUGCCCUUCUUAGUGUAAGCUUAGGAACACAUGUUUUGAUGAAAGACCGAAAAUAUUAAAUAAAAGAAGGGAACGUGAGUUUUCUGAAGGGAAGUGCUGUGCUUGCAAGGCUGGCUCUAGCAAGACAAAGUCUAGCCUCUGGAAGAGGAGGAGAAAGAAUUGAGAUCAUCAGGCACAAAGGGUUGCUGGUGCAAUAGACCUGUAAGGAACCAAGAUGUCUUCAGCAAAUGUUGUCAGUACGGAAGAAAUACUGCUGGAAGAUGAUGAGCGAGACAGCAUAGAAUACAAGAUCCUACUGGCCUAUGCCCAACGGCGGCUGUCUGUCAGUAAAUAUGGGAAACUUCUGGAAAAUGAGAAUAACGUGCAGAAGACAUCAUCCUUAAUCAGGAGACAAGGAAAGACUGACCAUCUAAGAGAUAUAGACGGAUCAAGCCUGAUAGCUUUUUCUCAGGGUCCUGUAAUACAACUACAAGGUAAAACUCAACAGAAAACCAAGUAUUUGCCAGGACAUCAUCUACGUUUUCCCUGCAGCAGUGCAGAGCCCCCAGCGGUGUCACUGCAGGGAGGCCACACGGCACGUUUCUCCCAUUUUGAGAUUCAAUCCAAGAUCCUUCCACAAGGGGAUUCCCAGCAUCAGACAAGUGAAACAGCAGAUGUAAACCACAUUGCAGACAAACUUGCUAAGCUUGUUACUUCCAGAUCCCAGGAACCUCCUUCAGAUGUGUCAUCCAAGAUAAGUGAUCUUACUGAUGGAAGUGAGAGCGAGGAACGUGAUGAAGAACAGAUAAUACAAACAAUAGUUUCACUGUUAAAACAAUCAGGGGACCAACUAGAAGAAAAGGUCAAAAAGGACAGUGGCUUAUAUCAGCAUUUUAAAAACAUGUUGUCCUACACUUUCUUCGAGAGGAUCACCAAUUUGUUCCUGGAGGAUAUCUCAGCAGAUUCAACAAGAGAGCCAGAAGGCCAAGUACAGUGCAAAAAAGUUGCCUAUACAAUGGAAGUUGCCGCAAGACUUACUGCUGUAGACAACCAUCCUAUGAACCUGGUCUUGGGCUUUGGUGCAAAGUACCUCAGAGAACACUUCAGGCCAUGGAUUCAGGACAAGGGUGGUUGGGAGAAAGCUUUGACUUCACUGGAUCAGGAAGAAGUAGAGUAAUCAUGACUGCAUUCAUUCUUCAGGGAGCAGGAGCCUUCAAUUAAGGAACACGUAGGAUCCUACCACAAUCCAAUGCCAGAAUGAUUAGUGGUUAUGUAUUUUUACAUUUUUCAUGCAAGGCUGGAAUGUUGCAUGGCUGAUGGGUACAAGAGUUGCUAUUGAUGUGGAAGUGUUCUUCCUAUGGAUAUGAAUUCACCUUCAACUCCCCUGGAGUACUGAGACUCAUAAGUAGUGAUUUUAGAUACCUUUCCAAGUAGAGAUUCUUGCUACUCUCCUAUGGGUGGAUGUUAAAGUGUAAACUGGAGAAAAAUAUCAAAGUAUGCAAUCAAGAACCUCUGGACUGUGAUCAAACAUCAACCAAGUGGGACAAGUGCUGCCAGGUUUGAGUGGUUCAUAGUGGUACCAUAUGUUAUCAGUUCUACGGUGUUGAUGCCAUUUUAUACUUCUGAAAGCAACUGAGUAAGGUUAAUGAGGGCUUUUUAUUCUAGUGCCCUCUGCAAUCUCCCAAGAGACUUGAUUACCUGCUACAGGUGCUUUUAAUUUGAACUGUUCUGCUUUAAACCCCUUCAAAGUAUAGCACAAUAGAUACUGGCUUUUACAGCAUUAUUUUGCACAUUAAUGUGCAAGACACAAACAUUGGGAGAGCUUUGUAGUCCAAGAAAUUUAAAGCUUAUCCUACUGUGUCAGUUUUCCUCCUUGUUCAAAAGGAGCUUGGUGCUAUGUGUAAUCUCAGGGAUUUCUCCAUAAACUGACCUGGUCCUUCAGCCACUGAAAACAAGUGAUCUGGUUGGAGUUCACGAAUCUGUAUGUGUGGCAGUGGAAGGGAUAACAGCGCAUCACUGAGAGGAGAGGCAGAUGCCAGAGAAACUGUUCAUGAUUUUGAGCCUUGGUUUGUGGCCUACUGAGUUGACGACUUGGAUUUCUGUCCCUGGCAAAUUCCCAGUAGAAACAGAGGGAACUCUGGACAUCUGCUGAAGUUGUAAAGCCUUGGUGUCGCUUCUGUGAUUUUUCAGUAUCAAGAGGUAAUAUUUCCUCAACUGUCUCUCAGUAAGAUACCCUUCCAUUAUGGGUGCUCAUUCUGCAUGUACAAGUACAUUAACUGUAAAGACUGCAUGAAGAAGUUAUUAACAAAUCAUGAAUUUCAAUGAAAGUGGUAAAAAGCAUUUCAACCAGAUGUGUAAAAUAUGCACUGCUAUCAAAGAUCAGGUAUUUUUCUAAUAAACCUUAAACUUUCAACUCCUG